UACCUUUACACCUCACUCCUCGCAUCAUUCAUUCAGUCUCGGUGCUCCUCCUCCAAAUCUUUUUUUCUUUUUCUCACUCCUGUUCCUCCUGCACACCGGCUAGAUCUCGCCAAGAACUCGGUAACCCGAAGCCUCGGCGAGAUCCAGCAUCCGCGACGAAGGUUUGGGGGGUUCUUGAGCAUUUCUGCCAGAAGAGUGACCCUGGAUGAUUGCAUAAACGAAGCCUGCUGAAUGCAGAUUGCGAAGUAUCAUGGCACCGCGCAACAGGACUUCAACUAGAAGACCUCUCUGGAUUGUCAUCUUGAUUGCUUUUGUUUGUGCAGUAGCCAUUGGAGUCUACCUUUAUACGCCCCAGAAUUACACACCUUGUUACUUGGUAUCAUCAAAUUCUUGUAGUUCCCGGCCUCCUCCAGAACCUGCUAGGGUUUACACUGAUGAUGAGAUUGCUGCUCGUGUUGUCAUAAGAGAUAUCAUUUUGGCACAGCCAGUUCAGUCAAAGAAUCCAAAAAUUGCAUUCAUGUUCUUGACACCCAGUUCAUUGCCUUUUGAGAAGCUUUGGGAAAAAUUCUUCAUGGGGCAUGAAGACAGAUACACCAUAUAUGUACAUGCAUCAAGAGAAAGGCCUGUUCAUGCAAGUCCAAUAUUCAAUGGCAGGGAUAUUCGAAGUGAAAAGGUAACCUGGGGCACCAUUUCAAUGAUUGAUGCAGAGAGGAGGCUCUUGGCUAAUGCACUACAAGAUCCUGAUAAUCAGCAUUUUGUCUUGCUCUCUGAGAGCUGUGUACCACUUCAUAACUUCGAUUAUGUAUAUAGUUAUCUUAUGGAAACAAACAUCAGCUUUGUUGACUGUUUUGAUGAUCCUGGUCCACAUGGAGCUGGUAGAUAUUCUGACCAUAUGCUACCUGAAAUUGUUAAGAAAGAUUGGAGAAAAGGUGCACAGUGGUUCACUGUGAAACGUCAGCAUGCAGUUCUUAUUCUUUCUGACUUCCUUUACUAUGCAAAGUUUAAGCGCUACUGUAAGCCUGGAAAUGAGUGGCAUAACUGCUAUUCUGAUGAACACUAUUUGCCAACCCUCUUUAACAUGGUUGAUCCAACUGGAAUUGCAAAUUGGUCAGUGACGCAUGUUGAUUGGUCUGAAGGAAAAUGGCAUCCUAAAGCUUACAGGGCUGUUGACACAAGCUUUGAACUGCUUAAGAAUAUCUCAUCCAUUGAUGAGAGUAUUCAUGUUUCAAGCAAUGCAAAGCACCACGUGCAGAGAAGACCAUGCCUAUGGAACGGCAUGAAGAGGCCUUGCUACCUUUUCGCACGGAAGUUCUAUCCCGAGGCCCUUGACAAUCUGAUGAACAUCUUCUCGAACUUCACCAUCAUCUAAAGGGAAUGAGCCAUCAAGAAUCAUCCCCCUGAUCGGUUGCAUUUAACACUACUUGCUUCAUUGCUGAGGAAAAUCAGAAACCCAAAGGGACUUACACUUGCUGGAAUUGUUUUUGUAAGCUCUCUUGGAAGCUGGAAUGGCAAAAUUGAUUUUCCUCUUUUUGUGACGAUGUUACAUGCCUUGCUGCUGUUGAAAGAGCUGUCAGGUUCGUUCCCCAGUUUGCUGUUCAGAGCAAUUGAUGUUUUGUUCAUAAUGAACUGAGGAGAAGCUGAGAAAUCAUGAGCAAUUCAUGCAUACGAUUUCUCCGUUGACACCAGACAAGAGCGGGAAAACAUUUUAGUGCUCUAGUAUGCAUUAUUCUUCUGCUGUAAUCCCUCUGUUUUAUAUUUCAUAUUAUAAGGCACCAUUCCUUGGCAAGGGAAAAAAAAAAAAGCUCCCUCAGUUUACUGUGA